AUGCGGAAGAUCGCUCUCUCGCUCGCUCUCUCUUUCGCACACACAUUGAUCCGUCGCUCGCCCAUCGUUUGCAUUUUUGCAGGAGAAUGAACCAAAUCGAGAACAUGCAUGUGGGGGAGGUGGAGAAAGCUUUUGUGCUAUGGGACAUGGGAAACUGUCCGAUUCCAGAUGGUCACGAUCCUCUUACGGUAGUUGCGAAAAUACAAAUGGCGGUGGAAAAGUCAGGCCACGUCCGCCGCAACGGUCAAAUCUCCAUCACUGCAAUCGGGAGCAAACUAACAGAGAUCCCUGGUGAAGACGUUAUGAGUAGACUCUCUUCGUUUGAAAUCUCUCUUAAACAUUCCCACCUCUAUAUACAUGAUUUGGAUGAGUGGGCCGAUGCGAAUCCUCCUCCGAGUACUAUGAUGAUCAUAGAUGAUCAUGAGCGAAUAGGAUGGAUAGCUUCUAACCUUUCCGACUUUGAAGAUGCUGGAUACAGAAUUCUUCUUGCAUAUCCUCAGCGCACCACACCCUUACCACGUUCCUUUUCUAAACAGUGGGAUUGGGAUGCCUUAGUCACUGAUGAACAGGAGACAACAACAACAACAACGAGCCUUGUUUAUAGUCAGGGUAGGUACAAUGAUGAACAUCCCUUGGCUUGCGAAGUAUGCUUUGUUGCUGUCAAAAGCUUUGAAGAUUUCACCGCCCAUCUCAAGAGUGUAGAGCAUGAGUAUGGUGAGUGGGACAGGUUUGCUUGUAAAAACGGUGUGGAUCGUACUAUCCGUGAAAACUUGCCCUUUGGUCGAUCAUCAGAGAUGGACUUGCUGCUUACGCAAGACAUGGAUAGACGUCUUAUGAAAAGGAAGGAGCGUAGCUGCGGGCGUCGAAUCAGACUUAACCCAACGCAAUCCAAGUAUUGAAAGGAACAUUUGAAGAAGGAUAAGGUGGGAGAAGAAGCGAGAAGAGGGUGUUUCGAUUUUCAUAUGCAUGGUUUAAUAAUGUAAUAAAUAACGUAUUGCAUUUUGUUUAAUCUCAAACGAAAAAGACAGUUGGUGUUGUUGCUUUAACGUUCUCUCUCCAAA